AUGCACGGGCCCAGAGGGACCGUCACCUUAUGUUGGUCCAGGGGCCCAGGGAGACCGUCACCUUACGUUGGUCCAGGGGCCCAGGGAGACCGUCACCUUACGUUGGUCCAUGGGCCCAGGGAGACCGUCACCUUACGUUGGUCCAGGGGCCCAGAGAGACCGUCACCUUACGUCGGUCCAGGGGCCCAGAGAGACCGUCACCUUACGUCGGUCCAGGGGCCCAGGGAGACCGUCACCUUACGUUGGUCCAGGGGCCCAGGGAGACCGUCACCUUACGUUGGUCCAGGGGCCCAGAGAGACCGUCACCUUACGUUGGUCCAGGGGCCCAGAGAGACCGCCACCUUACGUUGGUCCAGGGGCCCAGUGAGACCGUCACCUUACGUUGGUCCAGGGGCCCAGGGAGACCGUCACCUUACGUUGGUCCAGGGGCCCAGGGAGACCGUCACCUUAUGUUGGUCCAGGGGCCAGGAGAGACCGUCACCUUACGUUGGUCCAGGGGCCCAGGGAGACCGUCACCUUACGUUGGUCCAGGGGCCCAGGGAGACCGUCACCUUACGUUGGUCCAGGGGCCCAGGGAGACCGUCACCUUACGUUGGUCCAGGGGCCCAGAGAGACCGUCACCUUACGUUGGUCCAGGGGCCCAGGGAGACCGUCACCUUACGUUGGUCCAGGGGCCCAGGGAGACCGUCACCUUACGUUGGUCCAGGGGCCCAGAGAGACCGUCACCUUACGUUGGUCCAGGGGCCCAGGGAGACCGUCACCUUACGUUGGUCCAGGGGCCCAGAGAGACCGUCACCUUACGUUGGUCCCGGGGCCCAGGGAGACCGUCACCUUACGUUGGUCCAGGGGCCCAGAGAGACCGUCACCUUACGCUGGGUCCAGGGGCCCAGAGAGACCGUCACCUUACGUUGGUCCCGGGGCCCAGGGAGACCGUCACCUUACGUUGGUCCAGGGGCCCAGGGAGACCGUCACCUUACGCUGGGUCCAGGGGCCCAGAGAGACCGUCACCUUACGUUGGUCCAGGGGCCCAGGGAGACCGUCACCUUACGUUGGUCCAGGGGCCCAGAGAGACCGUCACCUUACGUUGGUCCAGGGGCCCAGAGAGACCGUCACCUUACGUUGGUCGAGGGGCCCAGGGAGACCGUCACCUUACGUUGGUCCAGGGGCCCAGAGAGACCGUCAACUUACGUUGGUCCAGGGGCCCAGAGAGACCGUCACCUUACGUUGGUCCAGGGGCCCAGAGAGACCGUCACCUUACGUUGGUCCAGGGGCCCAGGGAGACCGUCAUCUUACAUUGGUCCAGGGGCCCAGGGAGACCGUCACCUUACGUUGGUCCAGGGGCCCAGGGAGACCGUCACCUUACGUUGGUCCAGGGGCCCAGGGAGACCGUCACCUUACGUUGGUCCAGGGGCCCAGAGAGACCGUUACCUUACGUUGGUCCAGGGGCCCAGGGAGACCGUCACCUUACGUUGGUCCAGGGAGACCGUCACCUUACGUUGGUCCAGGGGCCCAGAGAGACCGUCACCUUACGUUGGUCCAGGGAGACCGUCACCUUACGUUGGUCCAGGGGCCCAGAGAGACCGUCACCUUACGUUGGUCCAGGGGCCCAGGGAGACCGUCACCUUACGUUGGUCCAGGGAGACCGUCACCUUACGUUGGUCCAGGGGCCCAGAGAGACCGUCACCUUACGUUGGUCCAGGGGCCCAGAGAGACCGUCACCUUACGUUGGUCCAGGGGCCCAGGGAGACCGUCACCUUACGUUGGUCCAGGGGCCCAGAGAGACCGUCACCGUACGUUGGUCCAGGGGCCCAGAGAGACCGUCACCUUACGUUGGUCCAGGGAGACCAUCACCUUACGUUGGUCCAGGGGCCCAGAGAGACCGUCACCUUACGUUGGUCCAGGGGCCCAGGGAGACCGUCACCUUACAUUGGUCAAGGGGCCCAGGGAAACCGUCACCUUACGUUGGUCCAGGGGCCCAGGGAGACCGUCACCUUACGUUGGUCCAGGGGCCCAGAGAGACCGUCACCUUACGUUGGUCCAGGGGCCCAGGGAGACCUUCACCUUACGUUGGUCCAGGGAGACCGUCACCUUACGUUGGUCCAGGGGCCCAGGGAGACCGUCACCUUACAUUGGUCCAGGGGCCCAGAGAGACCGUCACCUUACGUUGGUCCAGGGGCCCAGAGAGACCGUCACCUUACGUUGGUCCAGGGGCCCAGGGAGACCGUCACCUUACGUUGGUCCAGGGGCCCAGAGAGACCGUUACCUUACGUUGGUCCAGGGGCCCAGUGA